AUGGCUCUCAACGACCCAGGAGUUAUAUUGCGCAAAGCUGCCGACGAAGGCGAAGACGCCGCCGACAUUCAAAACUACAGACUUCAGGAAAGCUGGAAAGAAUGGCCCAAUGAAGCUGGAUUUGAAGGGCUUGAAGAGCACCGCGGUCCCAUUGCGCUCAACUUGAAAGGCUCCAUUCCAGAUUGGGCCGCUGGCGCUCUGUACCGCACCGGGCCCGGCCAGAGUUCUGUCGAAACCAACUCCAAUGGCACUCACAACAUCACUCACUGGUUCGAUGGUCUCGCUCACAGUCACAAGUUUGACAUUGUGCCGUCAAGCACACCGGGCGGCAAGACAUCAGUAAUGUACUCUUCUCGGCGACAGUCUAAGCGACUGGAACAGCACAUCAAAGAAACGGGCAAGCGAGGUGGUGCCUCGUUCGGCCAACGUGCUGAUCCAUGCAUGGGUAUUUUCGCAAAGGCCAUGGGCAUGUUUGCUCCUCGUGAUCAAUACAACAACAAUGUUGUGCUGCUCCCAAAUUUCCCUGGCAUUGACAAGGACCGCAAACAUACAGACCAGACUGGCCACCGCCCCGGCCUGGAUAAUCUGUACAUCAGUACCGAUACAGCUGGCUUACAAAAAAUCGAUCCGCAAACACUUGAGCCGCUGGGCUUUACCGAUCAGUCAAGCCUGCAUCCGGAUCUCAAGGGCCCGCUCUCAUGCGCGCACGCGCAGCGGGAUCCCGAAAACGGCGAUUUGUACAACUACAACCUCGAGUUUGGCCGGUUUGCGACUUACCGCUUUUUCCGCGUCCGUGCCGCGACAGGCAAAACAGAAAUCUUCGCUACGGUGUCGGAGCCCAGCCUCGCUCCAGCCUACAUACACAGCUUCUUCCUGACACCAAAUUACAUGGUACUGUGCGUCCCAACUACCCAUCUCGGGUGGAAAGGUGCCAAGAUUCUCUGGGAACAGAGUGUACUUGGGGCGAUAACACCGUUUGACGACAGCACCCCCUGCCGUUGGCUCAUAGUUGAUCGCACAGGAGAUCGUGGCGUGGUGGCCCGGUUUUCUACACCAGCAUCCUUCUUUUUCCAUUCAAUCAAUGCAUUCGAGGAGACAAUUUUGGAUGAGAACAAUGAGAUGCGUACAGAUCUCUCGUUCGAGUAUGUCCGCUAUGACAACACAGAUAUUCUCAAGAUUCUUUCUUAUGACAUUGUCAUGGAUCGAGAUGAUGCGGCCAAAAAGUUCUUCUUUACCGACGAACGUUACAAAAAGGGCCAUAUACGUCUGGUGCGGUACCGUUUCCGCCUGCCGCGUGACGGCAUGCAACAGACUGAGGAAGAAGCUCGGACUGCCGCCGGCGAGGAGGUGCUCUCGAUCCCAGCUCCGCACGCUGGUGACCUGCCCAUAAUCAAUUCACGAAUGGUACACAAGCCACACCGCUACGUGUACAGCGUUACAAGUCGCGGCAUCAGCACGUUCCUGGACUGCCUUGUUAAGACGGACGUGCAGACACGUGAAGCCCUCAUUUGGCGUGGAGACAAGGGACACACUCCUGGCGAGCCCAUAUUUGUGGAGAGACCAGGAGCGACAGAGGAAGAUGACGGUGUGCUGUUGAGUGUGGUGUUGGACGGCGUAUCCAAGACAUCGUAUCUGUUGUGCUUGGAUGCCCAUUCGCUUGAGGAGGUGGGCAGAGCCGAGGCGGACUUUCCCAUUGGGUUUGGUUUUCACGGAAUGCACCAGAGCCAAUUCUGA